GGCAUUACACGCUUGAAACAACACUUGGCACAUAAAAAGGGUCAAGUAGCUGGAUGCUCAAUGUGACCACACAAGUAAGAGAACAAAUGAUGAAACAUCUACAACAGUAUGCUGAGAAGAAAAGAGAUAAACAAAAAAGGCAAGAAGAAGCAGAAGCCCAAAUUAGAGGAGAUUUUGAGAAUUUGAGCGAUGAAGAAGACUUGGAAGAAGAAAGUAUGAGAUUUGCUCGACAAGAAAGCAUGCGAUCACAACAACAAUGGGAAGAUAGACAAAGAUUUCGAGCAAGAACAACUGGAAGGGGUAAUAUUUAUGAAGAGGGAGGUGGCUCUGGCAGUGGUGCUACCAGUGGUUUCAAUAGAGCAGGAGCUCGAUCUUAUAGUGGUCGAGAAGUUGGAGGUAGUGGACGACAAUGGAUCAAUCCUGAUGCCCCUGAAGCUAGACUAAAGGCAAUGGAUCCUAUUUUAGAAAGAAGCAAGAGUGCGAAACAACCAAAACUCAACACAAAGUUACUGAAAGGUUUAAGAAGUAAAUUAGGAAAAGCGGUUGGAAAAUUCCUAAUUUAUAAUCGGAUUCCAGCGAAUGUAGCUGACUCUCCAUUUAUGCAGCCUAUGCUUGAUAUUGCUGCAGAGGUUGGAAAGGGGGUGAAGGGUCCAUCACCCUAUGAGAUAUCUGAAAUUUAUUUGGAGCAAGAGUAUCAAGAAAUGAAAAAUUAUAUAGCUUCUUUUGCUGGAAUUUGGAAGGAAAGAGGUGUAACACUUAUGUGUGAUGGUUGGUCAGGACCAACUAGAAAACACAUUAUAAACUUUUUAGUUUAUUGUGAUAGAGGCACCGUGUUUCAUAAAUCAGUUGAUGCCUCUGAUGUGCCAAGCAGAACAGCUGAAUAUUAUUUCAGAUUAAUGGAUGAGGUGGUUGAAGAAAUUGGAGAGGAGAAUGUUGUCCAAGUAGUGACUGAUAAUGAAGCUGCAAUGAAGGCAGGAGGAAAAUUAUUAAUGCAGAAGAGGCCCAAUCUCUAUUGGACAGCAUGUGCAGCUCAUUGCAUAGACCUUAUUCUUGAAGAUAUUGGUAAGAAAAGUAACGUGAAGAAGGUCUUAGAAGAUGCAAGAACAAUAACCUCAUUUAUUUACAACCACACAUGGACAGUGAAUUUCAUGAAGAAAUUCACAAAUAAUAGAGAGUUACUUCGCCCUGCCAUCACUCGAUUUGCCACAAAUUUCAUUGCUUUGGAGACUAUUGUCAGGCAUAAACAAGCACUAAGGGAAAUGUUUACAUCUGAUGCUUGGAAAAACUCAAGGUUUGGAAUGGCAAAAUCAGGCCCAGCAUAUGAUUCAAAGAAAAUUAUCUUAGGCAAAGAGUUUUGGCAAAAGGCCUCUGAUAUAAUUAAAGUGCAAGAACCCUUGGUGAAAGUUCUUAAAUUGGUUGAUGGUGAUGAAAAACCAACCAUGGGCUUCAUAUACGAGGCAAUUGAUAGGGCGAAGUUGGCCAUUCAAAAAGAUUGCCGGUUUUACAAAGACUAUUGGAAAAUUAUUGACAACCGGUGGAGUUUUCAGUUGCACCAAGAUUUGCACGCUGCUGGGUAUUUUUUGAACCCACAAUUUCUUUAUGGUGCCCCACCCUCUCCUGAAGUUGCUAGAGAAGUCAUGGAUGGAGUUAAAAAAGUGAUAACCAAGUUGGUACCCGAUAUAGAUACUCAAAUUCGGGCUAUUAAUCAAUUGUUGCUAUAUCGAGAUAGGCAGGAGACUUUUGGAACCCCGUUGGCUCAAAGGGCAGUGAAACAAACAAAUCCUGCUGAAUGGUGGAUUCAUUAUGGCUUGUGUGCUCCUGAGCUCCAAAGAAUAGCAAUUAGAGUUCUUAGCCAGACCACAUCAGCUUCGAACUGUGAGCGUAAUUGGAGCACCUUUAGCCUCAUCCAUACGAAAACAAGAAAUAGAUUAAAGUAUAUGAGACUACAAAAACUUGUUUUCGUACAUUACAACAUGAGGUUAAAGUUAAGACGUACAAUGAGAAGAAGCCAACGAGAAAUUGAAGAGGGUUUCAAUCCUAUCAAUUUGGACUACAUUUUCGAAGAAGAUGAUCCUUUAAGUCAAUGGUUAGAGGAGAGAGAGACACCACUACUCGAUGGUCAGGACAAUUCAAAUUGGUUAAAUGAAGAGGUUGGUGGUACUACAGAAGGAGGUGAUCAACCACCAAUAAACGCGCAUGAUGAUUCAGGUUCAAGCCCUGAACGUACACAAAGUGAUGACAAUCUUGGUUUGAGCCCACCAAGUGAUGAUGAUGGUAAUAGUGGUGCUGGAGCUGGGGUUGGGGGGGGUGGCAGUGGUGGUGGUGGAGGCGGCGGUGUAGAAUAUAAUUAUGGAUAUGAUACAGGGACAUCAUUUGGAAGGGAUAUAUAUCCUUCUGAUCCUUAUGGAUUACAUGACAUACCUGAAAAUUAUGACUUGGGUAUUCCUCCAGGGAACCAAUCUUCACAACCCAGGAGAAGGAGGAGUGCUCGUGGUGACCCUAGCGAUUCUACUGAAGAUUCAUAUGGUGUGGUUCGUAGUUUUGGCGACUUUGGUUUAGAUGGUUCAUCAUCACAAUCAUUUGGAUCUCAUCCAGCAUAUCCACAUUAUGCAUCUCGUGACUCACAUUUUUAUCCCAGUGGAUUAGGAAUCUCAGGAUCUAGUGAGUCUUCUUCUACACACUACCCAGAGCCAGCCCCUGCCCCAACUUAUAGACAUUAUUCAGGAGAAUUUUCAUCACCAGUACAUUUUCAAGAGCAACAACAAAAUGAUGCAAACUUGGGUUCAUUCAACUAUGUAUUUCCACAAGGAUGGGGAGAUAAUUUCCCAUCCCAAUCUCAAGAUACAGAUGCAAAUUAUGAAGACCCUCCACGUCAUUCUUUUUGGUGGUGACAUGUGUUAUAUUAUAAAUUUGUAAUAUUGUAUUCAUGUAUUUUCAAUUAUUUAUUGAUAUUUGAUAUUAAUCACUUUUUAAAUUCAUGUAUGUGUAAUGUGUAUAUUGAGUAUUAAGUCUAUUGAGUAUUGAUUCAUUUUUAGUAA